CUCCUCCUCCUCCUCCUCCGGCUCGGGCGAGAGCAGCGGGCGGCAAGAUGGCGGCGCCCAGGCAGCCGUCGGCCCGCUUGUCCGGCGUCGCGGUGCCGGCGCCCAUCCAGGACCUGGAGGCGCUCCGCGCGCUGACGGCGCUCUUCAAAGAGCCGCGGAACCGAGAGACAGCACCCAGAACUAUCUUCCAGAGAGUCCUGAGUAUCUUAAAGAAAGCUUCUCAUGAUGUUGAACUGGCCUGCAGAGAUUCCUACCAAGUGGAACAUCUGGCCUCCAGUUUGCAGUUAAUCACAGAAUGCUUCAGGUGUCUCCGAAAUGCUUGUGUGGAGUGUUCUGCGAACCAAAAUUCAAUCAGGAAUUUGGAUACUAUUGGUGUUGCUGUUGAUUUGAUUCUCCUUUUUCGUGAGCUGCAAGUGGAAGAGGAAUCCCUCAUGACAGCUUUUCGCUGUGGCCUGCAGUUUUUAGGCAACAUUGCCUCACGGAAUGAAGAAUCCCAGUCUGUUGUUUGGGUGCACGCUUUCCCAGAACUCUUCCUGACUUGCUUAAAUCAUCAAGACAAAAAAAUUGUUGCCUAUUCUUCAAUGAUUUUGUUCACAUCCCUUAAUCCUGAAAGAAUGAAAGAACUGGAAGAAAACAUCAAUAUUGCAAUUAGUGUCAUAGAAGCUCACCAAAAGCAGCCUGAAUCAGAAUGGCCGUUCUUGAUUAUUACAGACCAUUUUCUGAAAAGCCCGGAAUUGGUAAAAGCCAUGUAUGCCAAAAUGAGCAAUUCAGAAAGGGUAACAUUGUUAGACCUUGUAAUAACCAAAACAGUGGGUGAAGAGCCACUCACUAAAGAUGACACCCCUGUGUUCUUGAGCCACGCAGAGUUGAUUGCGAGCACUUUUGUGGAUGAAGGCAAGACUGUGCUUAGAUUGGUGUCUGAGCAUCAUGCUGGGGACAAGGAGGCACUGGUCAUAGUCAGACUCCUUGAUGUCCUUUGUGAAAUGACUACCAACACUCAUCUGCUCAGCUAUUUGCAGGUUUUUCCUGGCUUGUUGGAAAAAGUAGUCGAUCUUUUACGACUGAUUCACGUAGCUGGAAAAGACACCACAAACGUCUUCAGUACCUCUGGUUGUAUAAAAGCAGAAGGUGACAUCUCAGACGUAACUGAGGGGUUUAAGUCUCAUCUCAUUCGUUUGAUUGGAAAUCUGUGUUACAAGAAUAAAGAUAACCAAGACAAGGUCUGUGAGCUGGACGGCAUCCCCCUGAUCCUGGACAGCUGCAGCCUUGACGACAGGAACCCCUUUCUGACGCAGUGGGUGGUGUACGCAGUCCGAAACCUUACCGAAGACAACAGCCACAACCGGGACCUGAUCGCCAAGAUGGAGGACCAGGGCCUGGCAGACCCAUCCCUACUUAAAAAAAUGGGUUUUGAAGUCGAAAAGAGGGGAGAAAAGUUGAUUCUGAAGUCCACUAGUGAAGCCCCUCAGCUGUGAAUGAACUCUCCAUCCAAAUAUCUGAAUUUUUGGAAUCUGUUUCAUGGAUUUUUCAUCUUCUGAAGUAUGUGAAAUCACAAGUAUUUGAAGAUCUAUAAGUACAAAUUCAGUGACACAUGAAUCUUUUAGAUAAUUAAAUUAAAUGCAUAUAUGCACCCAAAUGAAAGUACCCAAGUAUUCUGUUGUUUCUUUGCUUUAAAAACACAACUGUCUGAUUUGCCUUUGUCCCUGUGGAUACGGUGUGCACCCAAGUAGUGUAUUGUACGUACUGUGGCAGCAAAUAAUAAAUUCUCGUUGAGGGUACGUCCCAUGUGUGGCAAAGGCUUGGAUGUUUGCUUGAAUUCUGUUUGUCCCUUCAGCUGGCAAGUCAGCUUCCUUCCCUUUAUUUUCCUCUUCUCUUUGGGUUUCCUGAACUCUGGCAGGCAGUUGAAGUAGUUUCUCACCGUGAUUAAUUCCAGCAAUCUCUUUUCACCUCUUCUGCCUUUCCAAAACAUUGACAAGACUCAUUUUCAGUUAAUUAAUUCAAGAUGCUGAAGAAUAGAGAGCCGUAGCUCUUCAUUUUGGGUAUUCGGCUGUGUUGUCAUUGAGCCUGUUCCUUUGGAAUGUGGCAGGGAAUGAGAUGGGUGAGAGAAAAUUGAGUAAUUGAAUCUUCUUGUUCCAAAUAGCCUAGAAUUAUACUUCUCAAAAUACGUUACAUUUAAAGGCGAAUGCCUGCAUCUGACAUACUUCCAUGCUUCUGUUGUGGAGGAGGAAUAUUUUAUAGUCUACUCUGUGCGCAGGACCAGAUCAUCAGAGCUGUGUCCAUAUCUUCUUCUGUUUGAAAAGCGCCAGUCUCGGAAAGGCGCCACUCAGUUUUGUCCAUGGCUUCACUGCAACUGCAAAAAUAGUUUGAGGCAGGGGCAAUUCAUUUGACCUGUGUCUCUGUCUGCAUAUGUCUGUCAUUACCAUCUGCCUACCUGCCUGCCUGCCUGCUAGCCACCUGCCCACUUACCUACCUGUAUCAGAAGUAGAACUGGAUUCACCGGACACAAAAUCUUACAGCCACCAAGAUCAUUAAUGUAAUUGUCAGAACGUUUGCAAAGUUCAGCACGUUGUAAAUCUUGAAAUCGUAUUAUCUUGUUGAACCACCAUGUUACUAAACUAAAAUAUCUAGAGACUUUGCACAAUUCAUGUUGAGUCCUCCAAAAUAAAAACGAAGACCCAGCCAAAAACUUUACAAAAAUACUGACUGUUCCAGAGAGAUGUGCUUCUAUUUUAUAUUGCCAUCCUUAAAUUGCUCUGUAAAAACAGCUUAAACAUGUUGCAAAUGAAAUAAAAGUUUUCCCCUAUGCUAUCUAGUAUCUUCUAUAUAACUUAGAAGAAAUUUCAGCUUCUUUCUAGGACUGUGGUUUAUCUACAGAUAAUUUUUUUUUCUCUCAUUUACAACAGUCCAUUGGGAAAGAAGCCAUUGUAAAAUUUAAAAUGCACAAAGAAGUCAUUCUAUUCCAAGACACAAAGAGUUAAAAUCCUAUUCUCCAAAUAGAGGCCUGGCUAGAGGAAACAGUGGGGGUCCUUUUUUCCUUUUAACAAGUUUGCAAUAGACACUUCUUUUUUCCUCCUCAAUGGAUGUGUGCACACCAGUGGAAUCACACAAACACGGCAGUAUAAGCUGUAUAAUAACAAACACAAAUAAAUGAAAGGGGGCUUGUGAGAAGACAGAGUAGUCAAUAGCCGUGUGCUUUCCAAAUAGGAAAUGUGGGGCCUGCACUGUGAGACACGCUGAUGGCUGCAUGGAGGCAGAAGAGAUGAAUUCCUCCGGUGCACUGGGAGCCUCUGAGAGCCUUGUUUGCCAUGCCAUAGAGGAUUAAAUCACCACCUCAGGCAGUUGUUUAGGGAAAAGAAAAAAGCAAGCCAGCAUUACAAAAUUUGAAAAGAGAAAAAAUGGUCACAGCGAAUUUUGUGACCAUAUUAUUUCUUUCAAGAGCAAACUGACAAAGCAGUUCCCUUUUUGUUGGCUUCAUUUUAAAAGAUGGCAGGGGAGAGGCUUUUCUCUUGAUGUUGAGUCUGUUUUUGCAGAAUGAUUUUUUAAUAUCUUAAAAACAAUAGAUGUUAAGAUUUCAAAAACACUUAUUUUCAUAAUUUCAGUGCUGUAAUAUUAGAACUUGUCCAUUAUAUAUAUACAUGUCUAUCCAUUUUAAUACAUCUUUUUUUUUUGAAAGCUAGUAUUGAGAUGUAUCUUUGUUCAGUAACUUCAGAAUCUAAAUUCAGAGCUUUGGGAACUACUAAAAUGUGUCCACUGUGCAAAAUGGUAUAUAGAGAAACAAUUUAGGUGAUUUGGGCUACCAAUUAGUAAAUUUUAAAUCAAAAUUUAAUGCUUUAUGUAUGUAUAUAUUGUCAGAAUUUUUUAAGGCAUUGAAAUUGUGCUCUUAUAACAGCCCCCGGGGUCUGGGUGUUAUUUACUCGUUUUCUGCCCAUGAAUGAACAGACAAAAAUGUUGGAACAAAAAUUCCCAUCUUUGCAGGCGGAAGAUUUGCCUUAAAAAGUUAUAUUCCGUCAUCAGAUAGUUGUGCAAAGAAAGACUCAGUUGUGACAUGUGAAGCAGAGAAAUUGCAGCAGAAUUUUAAAAUGCAUAGAAGUUGGGGAAGAACCUUAAUGUGAUACAAAACCAGUGCUUUGGAAAGUCCUCGGUGCUGUCCAAGGUUCUGAUCAUUUUAGCUGGAAUGGUUUGUAUAUAGAAAAUAAAUUAAAAACCUAGUUUUCAAAAAUGAA